GCAGAUGGACGGACGGAGAACCAAUGGAGAUCACAUGCCGAGAAGAGAAAUGCUGAAAAUCCAAAAGAAAAUAAUUAAAUACGGGAAACCAAUUAACUACCCAAAUAAAUCAUAAAUAUUUAAUAGUAUUUUAUAUUUUACGUUACACGGUGUAACUUACACCAUAAAAUCGACAAAAGUUAAAAGCUCGCCGUCAUUGCUAUUAUCUUCAAAAGUUGUGCUCUGGUUUAGUUUAGGAACGGAGGACGACACACUCACUCGACAAUAUGGCGAGAGUUCCGGAUAUUACUGAUAAAAAUCGGGACCAAAUAAUGUUGCGGCGGCCAGCUUUUUCACCAAAGGGGAGGAGUUUUAAGGGUUUUAACUUAAAAAAAGGGCUUGUUGACACCAACGCCGCCAGGUCUAGAGCCUUGAAGAAUCCGUUGGUACUCGACCUUAUCUUCGGCAAUCUCGGCCUCCCCGACCUGAAAACGUCCCGUCUAGUUUGUCGUGAGUGGGCCGACGUCGGCGCUAUUGUAUUAGGAAAACGGGCUUUUCUCCAGGUCAACCAGCUUUUUUCCUGUGAAUGGUUCAAACCAGUCGAGAUGGCCCCUGUCAACGACAAGCUGAUCCGACGCGUCCUCAUCUCAGACAAAUUCGACUCGUCCAUUCCGACAUAUAUGAAGACUGGCGUUAUUACAAUAGCUCUCACCCAAGUAGCUAAAUUAUCCCAAUUAACUCGUGAAAUUAAAUUCCUCGUCAGCCAGAAAGAAUUUGUCCCAGCUUUCCUUGAAGGAAUAAGGAUAUUGGGGUCCACAAAAAUCCAACACGUUGGCAUCUUCAGCGCCUGGAAACGAGAUAUAGCUAGCACAAUUCCAGCCGAGGCAUGUCAAAACCUCCCCCCUCAACCUAGCUUGACCUCCCUCAAGUUUGAAGCUCUCUCACACUUGCAACAUGACCUCAUCACCGGCUGCAACGAAUUUCAACCCCUGAUCCAAGUCUGGCUCGAUGCUGCCCCCAAUUUGACCAGUUUGGACGUCGUGACAUCUUUCUAUCCAAACUUGGAGGCGUGCACAAGUCUAAGAGUUCUGAAAUUUAAGUUAAUAAUGUGUUGCAAUGAGCAUUAUCCUCACCUCAAUUUGGCUAAUGUGACCAAGAUGCUGGCACAAGUUAAGGAUUCCUUAGUCAAGCUGGAAUUGUGUCAUCGUGUGAAUGACUAUGAUUCCAUGCAGCAGAUCCAAAGUGCUGAGGAGGUUCCCGUGAUGUCGAAACUUACCUCGUUCGCCAUCGAUGCCGGAGAGGUUUACCAAGUUCGUGACUUCUACAAUGAGGAGCACUUCCCAAAAUUAAGAUCCUUCUCUGUCCAAAAGGGAUUAAAGUUGUUCUCGCAUCUAAAUUUGUGGAGCAGACACAGAGGAGUUCACUCUCUCGUGUUGAUCAUAGAUUACGUUUCGGAGGAGCAGGAAUUCGUGGGAAAAAUGGUCGAUUUAUUUCCCGCCGUUAAGGAAUUCGAUUUGAGGUUGGAUCUGACCGUUUUAACUUUCACUGGCGACAUGACGACGACGAUGUUCUAUUAUGAACCUUCGUGGACGUCUGCCGCCAUCCAUCAGUUUAUGAAACCGUUCCAAAUGUGGGAUUUGGAACGGGUCAACGUUUCUGUGGAAGUACAGGAAUCCGCCUUGUUGAUUGAUGCCCUCCAAGCUAUUUCCGUUUUGAAAGGAGUUAAACGCGUCCAGUUCUGCUUCCCUUGCAAAGACAACACGAUGGAUAACUUUUCUGCCACCUUUCAAGAUGUCAUCUUGCACUGUAGAACAUUUAAAAGCGUAGAAAUUACGAGGAGUGAAUUCCGAGUGGAACCGGAAAUUGUGGAACAAAUGCAACUCAUGAUUGAAGCCAGUGGGUGCGCCCAUCUAUUUUAUCGAAAGAAGUGAAUGAGAAUUAAACGAGAUAUAUUAUUAUAUCAUAAUUACUAAUUAUUUUUAAGGUUUAAAUACUAAAAUUAUAAUUUUUCUACUAUCACAAUAUGCAAAAAUGUUUCUAUCGCCUGAAAACAAUGAGACAGCUUCUAAGUUCCUAAAUGGAUGGUAAUGAGAUUCUAAUUUAUUGAAGAACUGAUAAUAAUGUCAUAAUUAGGUAAUUAGAUUAUUAAGUUGUAAGCAUUACACAAUUUUUGUUAUCUGUUUUGAUCACGACAAUUUUUAUUUAGUAAACUCAUUCUGUUUAUAUAAAA